CGGGAAUGGAGGGAGGUAUUGAAUACAUCUACGCUUUGUUUUGAACAUUGUAAUUAUGAGUAGGUUGGAAGUUUCCGUAUUGUAUAUACCGUAACUCGCACAUUGGAUAUCAGUCUAGAGUGUUGAUAAGGCAACACCCACUUCAAGUCCAUAUGGACAUUCAUUCAUCACUCCCUCUGAAGGUGAGGAUCACGGCGAAGACAUUUACCCAAACUUUCCGGUUCACUCGGUGGACCACCUACAACUACAAUCAUGCAGCUCAAGUCGUUAUCGACACUCCUCGCACUGCCCGCCGUAGCCUUCUCCUUCGCCUACCCUCCGUCGGAAGCCGAGGCCUUGCUUGAACUCCAACCCGCUGAUGACACGAUCGCACUCUCUCCCAAACUCGUCAUUAUCCCGGAAGUCGACGAAGAGCCUCUGGAGGUACCACCGCAAGGUGCCACGCUCACCAGGGUCGGUCCGCAGCGUGCGUUGCCUGCGCAGAAGCCUGCGGCGGAGGAGGAGGAGACCGACGACGAAGACGACACCCCUCUGCCAGUGGUCGUCUGGCACGGCCUGGGCGAUUCAGCGGACGCAGAGGGAUUGAAAGAGGUUGCCGAGUUGAUCGAGCAGGUCCACCCGGGGACGUACACGUACCUCAUUUCAGCCACGGGCGCGGCGGGGUCCGCGGACCGCCAGGCGUCGUUCUUCGGCAACGUCACCCGACAGCUCGACCACGUCUGCCACGCGCUGGCCGAGGACCCCAUCCUGAGGACCGCCCCGGCGAUCGACGCCGUCGGGUUCAGCCAGGGCGGCCAGUUCCUGAGGGGCUACGUCGAACGCUGCGGCGGCUGGGCCCCCCGGGUGCGGUCGCUCGUCACCUUCGGCAGCCAGCACAACGGCAUCGCCGAGUUCCAAAAGUGCGCCAGCCCGACGGACUGGGUCUGCCGGGGCGCCAACGCGGUCCUGGGGGGCGGCACGGUGUGGUCGGACUUUGUGCAGUCCCGCCUCGUGCCCGCGCAGUACUACCGCGGCGAGACGGACGACGACCGCGCAAACUACCUGGAACACUCCAACUUUCUCGCCGACAUCAACAACGAGCGCGGGGCCAAGAACGCGACGUACGCCGAGAACCUGGCCGCCCUGGACAAGUUCGUCAUGGUCCUGUUCGACGACGACCGGACGGUGGUCCCCAAGGAGACCGGCUGGUUCGCCGACGUCAACAUGACGGGCGGCUACGCCGUGACCCCGCUGAGGCAGAGGCCCAUCUACGAGGAGGACUGGAUCGGCCUGAAGAGGUUGGACGAGAAGGGCGGCCUGGACUUUGUCCGCCUGGCGGGGGAACACAUGCAGUUGCUCGACGACGACCUGGUCCGCCUCUUUGCAAAGUAUUUCGGUCCGGCCGGGAAGAAGUUCGGUGCGUCGUGGCCAAAGUGGGAGCCGUGAUUACUCUUUCUUUUUGCUAUUUCAUGGUUCCGAUGGGCGUAUUGUCACAACUUUUGUUAUAGCAAGGUCGCCUCGGCGAUCGAUAUGUCUAAAUGAUACUACUGUAACAUCACCGCCAGCCGUUCAACCCUUUUCCUUUCCUAUGUGUCAUUAUAAAGUGCUCGACAUUCGACACACUUGAUGGAGAAUCUUUGUUCGGUCAGUACGGAGUACUGACCGAGUCUCUCAGUUUUUUUUGGUGCCUGAUCUUUUGAGGCUUUGUCUGAGCAGUAGCUACUAUAUGGUCAGAGACCCUCCCACGAGGGGGAAUAGUAUCAUCCAUACUACCCACCCCUUACAUGAAGGGUAACAAAACUAGUAUGGAAGAGGGAACUACAACUCAUGGUCAAGUGAAGACUGCAAA